AGUUAAUUUUUCUUAAAAAAAAAAAAAAGAAAUGAAAGAAAGAAACCUAAGCGUGUUAUUUGGCGGGGUUAAUCGAAAAAGUGUCUUAAAUCAUUUCAUAAAGUACAAAUGCGACACCUCACUUUCCUAAUCCGAAUUCGAAAUCAUCAUUUUGUCCGAAAAAAUCAACACUAAACCAACCAAACAAACAUUCAAUUUCACAAUUUUCCGACGAUGUCCACCCCCAACGUUAGCCCCAGUAACGGUAACGGUAACGGAUUCGAUACGACGCCGUUACUCACAAGCCAAAAUUCCCGCACCCGCAGUUCAUUCCGUCGCCCUCCAAGCCUCCGAGGAGCUGCCGGAUUUCUCCGGCGUGCAAGUAGCCGCCGAUUAAUGCGUGAGCCGUCGAUGCGGGUGCGUGAAGCUGCAGCUGAACAAAUCGAGGAACGGCAAAGUGACUGGGCUUACUCAAAACCGAUAGUGAUUUUGGAUAUUUUAUGGAACUUAGCUUUUGUUAUUGUAUCGAUUUCGGUGUUGGUGUUGAGUAGAAAUGAAAAUCCUUCGAUGCCGUUAAGGCUUUGGAUUGUUGGAUAUGGUUUACAGAGUGUGCUUCAUAUAGUUUGUGUUUUUGUUGAGUAUAGACGAAGACGGUUACGGGAUUCUAAUGAAAAUGAGAGUUAUUCGGGGGAGAGAAGUGGUAGUGCUAGUUGGAAUAGCGGAGUUGUGAACUUAAGUUCGGAAAGUGAUGGAGGAGAUUCGCCUGAUUAUCUACUGGAGACGCCUCAAAACGAGGAUGAAACUAGUGUCGCCAAGCAUCUGGAGUCUGCAAACACCAUGUUUUCUUUCAUUUGGUGGAUAAUUGGGUUCUAUUGGGUAUCUGCUGGUGGCCAGACUAUGACCCGUGAUGCACCUCAACUUUACUGGCUGUGUAUCACAUUUCUGGCGUUUGAUGUGUUUUUUGUUGUUAUAUGUGUUGCUGUGGCUUGUGUCAUUGGAAUUGCUGUUUGCUGCUGUCUCCCAUGUAUCAUUGCAAUCUUAUAUGCAGUGGCAGAUCAGCAAGGUGCAACUAAGGAAGAUGUUGAAAGACUGCCUAAAUACAAGUUUAAGAGACUAGGCAACUUUGAGAAAGAGAAUGGUGAGAUUCAAGAAUCAUUUGGAGGCGUAAUGGUUGAAUGCGACACCGAUACACCUACUGAGCAUGUUCUUCCACCAGAAGAUGCUGAAUGCUGCAUUUGCCUUUGUUCCUAUGAAGAUGGAAUUGAGAUGCGUGAGCUCCCUUGUCGUCAUCAUUUUCACGCAGCAUGCAUUGACAAGUGGUUGUAUAUAAAUGCAACCUGUCCUCUUUGCAAGUUCAAUAUACUCAAAUAUGGCAAUCAAAGUGGCAGUGAAGAAGCAUAAGCAAACCCCACCACUUAACACAUCCUUAAAGUUACAGAUCUUUAUAGUUCUGGGAUUAGAUCCUCCUCAUCAACCGGAAAAUUCUUCACCAGGUUCAGACUCAGGCAGCCCAGAACAUGCUUCUGCUCUCAUAUCUUUUCAGUACAUAUCGUUGUUAACUUCUGUGUUCAAUGUAAUAUAGUUGGCAGUUUUCGCUUUUACCUUGUGUUUGGUUUCUUCACAGUAUGUCACGCAUGCAAGUUUUAGGGUGGCAAUUUUAACCCAGAUUUAAUUUGCUCGCCCGUAUUAUGGUUUUCUUGCACAUACAUAAAUAUGGGUCAUAUUCAUUUUUAACCCAA